UGGAACAUGGAGGGAGACAAACACCCCAUAAACACACCUUUCUCUAGAUCUCUCUCUCUUUCCUCCGCCACCUUUUUAGCCUCAAGGCACGCACAAGCACAACCCUUCUGUGCUGCAAAGAUACAUACACACCCGGCUUCUUGCUUCCUCACACAUCAGUCAGGCCGAGCGUCACCCACCUUUCUCAUCCGCGCGCGGGACAGCCGGCCAAUGAUGAGCAGCAGGCUUAACGUCGGCACGAUGGCACCGGUUAGCGACGUGGUCGACUUCGGUUAUGCUCCCAUACAGUCCUACCCCAACUUUGAGUCGGCCGGCCUGGCCUUGCCCGGUGACCGGCAGCCACCGUUCCAGCACCAUCACCUCUACGAUAGCUUCGACUUCACCUCUGCUAACUUCUCGUUUCAAGACCCGGCCGCGCUCUUCUCCGGCGACUCGGCGCUCAGCAACCAGCUCCAGCAGCCCUUCGUCCAGUCGCAGGUCACCAUGCCGACGACGGCGUCCUCGUCGGUGCUGCAAAUGCCGAUGAUGACGCUGCCGGGCAUGCUGAUGUCUUCCUCCUCGUCGCUGGCGGCGGACGCAUGCACCUUCGGUGGCGGUGGAGGGUUCCUGAAGCGGGAGGACGGCGGGCCCUUCUCGGACAUCGGCGGUGGCGGGAGGAUCGGGCUGAACCUCGGCCGCAGGACAUACUUUUCCCCGGCGGACGUGCUGGCCGUGGACCGCCUGCUGAUGCGCUCCCGCUUCGGCGGAGCUGGCCCAAUGGGUAUGCUGGGGCUGGGGCUCGGCGCCGCCGCCCACCACCACCAGCCCCCGCGGUGCCAGGCCGAGGGCUGCAAGACUGAUCUCUCCGCUGCCAAGCACUACCACCGCCGCCACAAGGUCUGCGAGUACCACGCCAAGGCCGCCACCGUCGCAGCCUCCGGCAAGCAGCAGCGCUUCUGCCAACAAUGCAGCCGGUUUCAUGUGCUCGCUGAGUUUGACGAGGCCAAGAGGAGCUGCCGGAAGCGGCUCACAGAGCACAACCGGCGCCGCAGAAAGCCCGCCGGCGCGCAGGCAGGCAAGGACUCGCCGGCGCCCCCUACCAAGAAGCCAGACGGUAGCAUCACCAGCUCAUACACCGGUGAUCACAGGACGAACAAGUCGACGACGGCGGCGGCCUUCUCGCCGAGCGCCAGCAGCUUCAGCUGCUUUCAGCAGCAGCAGCAUGCGCUCGACAACGGCGGCCAGUCGAACAACGCCACGCCAACGUCGGCGCCUCCGACGCUGUCCCUGGCGGCGCCACCAUCGCCGCCUCAGCAGAACGACGGCGACUUCGGCUCCGGCCUUGACACCAUGCUGCAGAUGCAGCCGCAAGAGGCCGAUGAGCAGGGGGAACAGCAGCAGCAUCUCAUGAUGACCUCGCUCGUGCAGUCGCAGCGGCAGCAGCAGCACCGCGACAGCGGGAACAUCUUAUCUUGCUCAACGACGUCGGCGUCGGAUCAGCGUCACCACCACAACAACGGCGGCAGCUGCUGCAACGACAACAGCAUGCAGCAUUUCUUCGAGGUGGACUUCAUGUAGUGCGACCCGUGCAUGCAUUGCAUGAAUGAACCUAGCAUAGCUGUGCCUAGAAGUGGUUUCACUGCAUUAUCGCGAGGGGUGUGUGCAUGAAGCCAUGAACUGAAGAAAGAACAAGCUGCUUGCAUGCACUAGGCUGUGCACUGCAUAGAGUAUAGGUGUGUGUAGGCGUGCAGCCUUUUUCUUUUCAGAUUUAAUUUCCUGACUUUUUCUGCUUACUGUGUCAUUUGCUUGUGGUACAUUCCUCAGUGGUACCUUCUUACAGGGGGAAUAGUGUAUGUACUCCGGUAUGCUUUUAUAUUUGGUAUAAUGUAAUUAUCUUAGUAUUCA